UUUCCCGAGAUGCCCCGCGAGGCCUUUCCUCACCGUUCGACCGCCGGAAGAAAGAACCUGCGCGGCGGCGGCAGCGGCGGUUGUUGACAACAUGGCGGCUGCCUCCUUUUCCGCCGUGUGGGGAGCGGGAGGCGGCGGCGGUUGCGGGAGGAGCAGGAGGAAGGCGCUGCCUCAGGAGCCCUGAGAGGGAGACGGGACCGCCCGGGCCUCCCUCUCCCGGCCCCCGCGCCGCCGCCGCCGCCACCAUGUCCUUCUUCAAGAGGAAAGGUAAAAAAUAAUAAUAUAGAAGCCCAUUUGUGGCGGGGGGGGGCCCGGGUUGGAUGUGGUGUGAGGUGAAAUGUGGGGGAGGGGUUGCCGGGAGGUCAAAGGGGCGGGGCGUCCUUUGGGGAAGGGGGAGGCUUAGUGUAGGCGGGGGCUUAAUUAAAAGAAAGCUUGUUUCAAGGGCGGUGGGGGUGCCUGUUCCUGAGGGAGAAGGGGAGUCCGGGUUUCUGAAUGGGGGGAGCUAAGCAAAAGGGGGGGGGCUGCCUUGUUGUCUGAGGAGGUGGGGGAGGGGGACUUCGAAGGGGGGGCUCUUGAGGGUGAAGGGGUAGGUGGGUGUUCCUGCUUUCUCUCUGUGUUUGGGGGGAGGAGAGGUAGCCAACACGGUGCCCCCCCUGAUGAUGCUGGCCCAGCAUCCCAGCAGCCAGCAUGCCCAAUGGUUAGGGGUGAUAGCGAGGGUGGGGAGGGGUUUGCAGAAGAAGCUCGGGAGCUUUUGGGGGGUGUCUCUGAAUAUAGGCUGGACCAGAAGCAGCGAAAGUUUGAGGCCUGAUGGUGGUGGCAGAAGUGGGAAGCUGAAAGGGGGCUGUCGGUGGGUAGGUGGUGGGGGUCUUAAGGGAAUUGGGAGCGUGGAGAAUAAAAGGAAAGGGAUGAAAAGGUUUAGGAAUGGGCAUGGUGGUGAGUUCGUUGGAGGGUGGCUAUUUUGGGGGACAGAAUUAAUGUAGCGAUUGGGAAUGGGUUCCAGGAUGCUAAUGGGACAGUCGUCCGGGAGUAUUGGGAGUGAAUGCUCAUAGUGGUUGGGUAGGGGAUCUCUGCUGGACCCGUCUUAUGGGGAAUACAAAAACUGGGCAAGUGGGAGACUAGGUAGAGACGAGGUGGGUGUUUCAGGGUGAUGGGUUGUCAUACUCGUUAGUGUGUAAAAACAGAGGGAAUAGCAGCCAUGACAGUCAAAAGAGAGUGAACUGAGCUUCUGGGAAAAGGCAUCUGAAAGAGUUUGAAAUUCCCUCUGAAUGAGCAGGACCCUUCAACUUCUGCCUUUAUCACUAAGUCAUUUGCAAACACGCCCAGCGCCAUGUGCAAGGAAGGCUCACGUGAAUGUCCUUGAGCACCUUGGUUUUCCUCUUGGCAGCGCCUGCUGUCUGCUUUUGCUGCAGUGCCCCUGGACCACCGAGGGGCUGGUGGGCUUGGACUAUCUGCUGACUACUAGCCUUCUACUACUAGAAUAAUGAACAGCAGCCAAGCCUGCAAGAAUUAUAUUCAAUGAAUCACGAUAGCAAACAGCCAUAAAACAAGGAGCAGCUUUAUGAUUGCUUCUCCCUUAGGUAGAACCCAUUCCUACAGAUUUCAUAGCCUGUAAGCUCAAAACCCAAGGCAGCAGAUUUGACAUAGCUGCAUUUGUGCUGGGGAAUGUAGCUUCUCUCUUGUUUUGAGGCACUCCUUGGUCUAAUAAUUUGGGUUUGCAUGACUUGAACGGGUGAUUGCCUGGUCUUCAAAGGCUUGGCUGUGAGCGCCCUACGACUAGCACAGCCUUCUCCUCACUUAGCGAUACAAUAUUUGCAAUUGCAUAAGUUUGCACUUCCAAGGCAAGAGAUUUUUCAAAGUGAUAUGCACACCGCUAAAAAAUAUUUUCAAGUUCAAUAGUGAGCCGUUAAACAAAAACAAGAAAUUUGCAACGUUUGGGGGAACGUUUCCAUAUUACGUAAAGUAUAUAGUGUAACUUGAGAUGUACAUAUUCUGUUUGCCUGUCUUGUUAAAAUAGAGCCAAGCACCCUUGAAGCAAAAAGGCCAGAGUCCUUUCUAAGGGAAAUUUAGGGGACAGAGCUUCUAUGGUUUGAGGCAGGGGAUGUUGCUGACAUAUUGAUGGUGAGGGCUUUCAGGGUGCUUGCUCUCUACUGUUUGAUCCUUCUUUUGCGAAGAGAAUUUAUGAACUGUUGCAGUGUAUACAUCGUGGUGGCUUUGAAGGCCUUUAACCUGCUCUGGUCAGCUUGUAUGGGGUCACAGACUCUCUAACAGGAAACAUUUAUGAGUCCAUCUUCCUGAGUCAGGUUUUUACUAAAUGCUUUUCAUUCUUCAGCAUCCUGUAGUGCAUUUCAGUCUUUAAAAUAUUGCUUUGCCUCCCCAGCCAUAGUGGUGGUGUCUGUUUGUGAAUGGCCCUGGACAUCAUGGAGCAAUGGUACAAUGGAAAUGUGAUGAAUACAUUUUCAUUUUUAAAAAAUGAAGUUGAUGCUCAUUAAGCAUCUUUCAUAGUUUGUAGAAAGGGAGAGGCAGUAUAAAAAACAUAUCUGAUUCUAGGAAUGUGGGACUAGCUCUCAUAUUCCACCCAAAAAAAGAAUAGGAGAAGGAAAUAAUAAAAAUGUGCCUAUUGCCAUUUUCUGAAUCGUGUUGAUUAAAUUGCAGAUCACAUAAUGGACAGUUCCUCUAUGUGUGUGUGUGUUUUAGAGUUAGACUUUUGUUGGGGAUUGUUUCCCUGUUAUAAAGCAGCAGUCCAACUGCUUUUGAAGUGUAAGGCUUUUUGUAAAAGUCAGCCUCUUGAUACGCCCACUAACUUUCUGUACAAUGGAUUCAUUUAAAGUUGCCUUUUCCUUAACCGACACAAACCCUGUACUGAAAACAGCUAUUUUGUGACCCAGCCCCGCCUUGGGAGCUGCUCCCCAGUUCUGGAAUUCCCACCCCUGGGGCCAGUAGCUAUAGGCUGUAACACAGCCUGUCCUUUCACCAUAGCUAACAAGGGAACAGACUAGGCAUUUCCUCCUGUCAAACCUCCUCCUCCCUUGGGUGUGGAUUCACCAUUUUUGUCGUUUUACUGUAUUGAAGGGUGGCAGUGGCCUGGACAUUAAGCAGGGUUCUUUAACUAGCUCAAACUGUGAUUAAAUAUGGUGCUGGGAAAUGAGGGGAAGGAAUUCAUGGUUGCUCAUCUUCCUGCACCAGUCUCUGGAACUUUGCUAACUUCAAGUAUUUUCCUGAAACACCACUGAGACCUUUUGUAUCAGGUAUUGAGGAGUGAAGCAGUCCCGGGGCUCAGGCUAGCAGUGGGACAUCUGUUCUACUUUUGGUCCCGGAUAGUUAGGAAUGCCAAAAUAGACAGUAUAAGGCUUGCACGCCAUAUCUAGCCCACCAACAGGACUUUGCCCUUGACCGCUGGGCACUCAAAGAUGCUCAAAGAUGUUUCCUUCCCCCUCCACAAAGGGAGCAGUUUGGUGUCAGGGCACUCCUUGCUUAGGUGCCUACCCUGACUCUACAAUAUCUACAAUAUCUGCAUAGCAAUGUUUCCUUCCUUUAAACAGGGUUAUCUUGCUGAACUUGAAAGCAUUGCUGGGAUCCUCAAUAACAAGGGGGGCAACAGACUUGAGAUGCACACAAUCGUGGGACCCACGUGGUGGCAGCCACAGUUUCCCACCAGCAGGCCUCUCAAAAGCCUGAAUACCUGGCGCUGCAGAAAACCACACACAAGGCAUCCCAGCGACAAAACAAGUUUGCCUCGUGGGCAGCUGGCAAGCGUGGCAUCCCCCACUACCCUUCUCCAUUCUUAGACACACUUCUUGAUGCUGGCCGGGAGUUUCAAUGCGGAUCCACCUGCAUUUUGGAGCCAAGAUACGCUCUGAAAACUAUUACACAGGCCGGCUGGCCUUGGGAUUGUCGUGUCUCAGAAUGCAGGGGUAUGGAAGGGGGGUGCGCUUGAACGCGUCUCCAUAUCAAAAGUUCCCUCCAGGUAGAAAACCGCUAUUUUGGGGGGUGCUCAACUAGAGCCCUUCUCCUUAUACUGGCUCGAAUCAGGCAUGGGCAUUCUGUUUAUGUAGGGAAGCAUACAAACAUGUGACACCCCUUCUCACCACUUUCCGAACACCCUCCCUUGUGGAGUGUUCCCUCAGCCUCCUCUUUCCUCUCCUUGGGAGUACUCCAGGCAGCUGCUGCCCCAACCCCUGGUUUCUGAGCAGCCCCCCCCCCUCGCUGGGAAGAAGAUGCCCCCAGCCUUAGUGGCCCCAUGGAGACUGGCCCAAGGUGAACAUGAAACCAGCACCUUACUCACCAGUGGGUGCUGCCAGGCCUGCAUGGUGGACAGGCGGGUUCCCUUCAGCACUGGGCACUCAGCUCCCAGGUAGGCCUUGCACACAGUAAGCGCAAGAAAGGCCAGCACGGUGCCUGUCUGUCCACCUGCCUGCCCAGCCUCCCACUUGUCUGUCCAUUCCUAAUAGCAAGGGCUGGUGGUCUAGCUGGCUGGGCUCCCUCACCUGCUUGCUUGCUUGCUUGCUUGCUCUGAGGCUUCCUCAGCUUCUGGCAACCAGCACCCCCUGGCCAGCCCCAGAGGCACCAUUCACCCGGGGAGCUUGUAGCCAGGGCUGCUGCAACAAAAAGCUAUGCAAGCCUUUGGGAGGCAGAGACACGAGAGGGCAUCAGAGAAGGGAGGGAAAGAAAGAUGAUCAGAGGCAAUGUUGCUUGCGGCACCCCUGGCAAUCAUUCAAGGCACCCCAGGGUGCCAAAGUACACUGGUUGAAAACCCCUACUGUAAAGAAGGUGAAUAAGUUGUGAUACUUCCUUUUUUCUUUUUUUUUAAAAAAGGUAAUCUUUCAGGUCACCCAGCCUUCCUCCUCUACAGGCUGAGAAACUCAGAGGACAAUACAGGGUGGGGCAAAAAAUCAGUACUGCUCUGGCAGGUUGAUAGUGACCAUGUUAUGCCACUUCCUUUCCUGGGCAGAGAAGCAGGAAGUUUUAAAGUUAAGAUAUAGAGAGAAGUUCCGUGUAAGGUUCAUGUUACCCAAAAUUGUUCCGAGCACACAGUUGUUUUACCUUUAGGAAUGCAUCAGCAGAGGAAAAACGCUGGACAGUAACUACCAGGUACCAUUUGGGGCUUUUCUGGAAACUUUGGAAGACAAAGAACAGGGUUAACAAAAGUCAAAACUGCGAGGCAUUGUAGGGAGAUGCCUUAGAUUGAGGAGCUUAAAAAAAAGAAGUUUGCUUUUCUUUUAAUUUAUAGAUGCAUCUAUAUUCUGCCCAGUAACAAUGUUCUCUGAGCAGCUUACAAUAGCAAUAAAAAUUAAAAUAGAAAGAUCAACAGUAAUACAAUUGUAGAUUUAAAACAAGUUUUUUUAAAAUAAGAGUUAAGAGAUCUUUAAAAGGCAUUUUCCUGGUGCUGAAAUGAUUCCAAAACUGGCAUCGGUUGAGACUCUCCAGAUAAUUGGGUUUUGAAAAAUGUAAACCAGCAGCCAGAAGUGACUGUGUGAAGUUUUGAACACCUGUAUUCUGGAAUAACUAAGGAAGCAUGCGAACUGCCUGAUGAUUAUGGAAGUGACGCUCAGUGAGCAUUAAGAAGCCCAGUCCAUUUGUUUUCCUAUGUGCAAAAAUGAGAUUUUAAGUUGGGGAGUGAUGCAAUUUUUGAGUUUCACUACUACCCAAUCUAUAGCAGAAAAUUGCUGAAAAACCCUGGAAACUUGAAUGGUUCUUCACUGAUAUGUGUGGGCAGUAAAAGAAAAGACCACCUAUUCUUUGUCUAUCUAAGUAUAUCUAUAAGCAGCCUUUGAUUUUCAGUAUGAUGUAAUACUGCUGUGCUAAAUCUAGUAGAAAUUCUGCUGACUGCAUUUUGGACAUCUGCGAGGAAGCGAGCCUUCAGAUUACUUUCUGAAUCAGUGGGAACUCUUAUUAGCUCCACAACCCUAGUGGCUUUAGGGACGCACCCAGGAAAGUUAAGCUUCCUAUCUCCUCUGGGACCAACGUGCCAACCCAGCUUUACUAAUAACUCCAUGAAACUUGGUGGCCUGCAGAGAGGUUUAGAUCCUUCCUGCUCCCACAUGCCUAUUGGAUAUGAACGGCAUAAAAGGAGAGGGAGAAGAGAACACACAUUGCCAGCCUGGUCACCUGGAAGUAAUUCCUACCCACCACAGGUGACCAGGCUUGCAGACAUUUUCUGCCUACAGCAGACAUUCAUGCUACAUGGAGAUUUUGUAGAAUGAGAGUCUGUGGCUACCUAGUGGUGGUUCGCAACAGUUCCCUGCCAGCGCCUUAUUUGAUGAUUCUAAAAGAUAGUGGGGUCAUAGAGUGAACCCUUUCAAAUUAAUGGUCUUAACUUAGUUGGAUGCCUCCCAGGUUUCCUUGCCGUACCAUCUUUAUUGUGUUGAAAUGCAACUGACCUCUGUGUUCCUGCUUAGUAAUUCCCUUGUGCGUGAGGCUGGUGCUGAUAACAGAAAUAUUCAGGUGUAACCAGAAACGCAGGCAAGCUAAGUUGGUGACGUAAGUGAAGUUUGUGUUCCCGGCACCAAGUUAGCAAGUAUAAGGAAGUUACGUGGAAGCAUCUCCAGAGCGGAAGCAAGGGAGAAAGCCAGCGUGGAAUAGUAAUCGGGAUGUGGGAGGACCCGAGUUUGAAUCCUUACGCAUCCAUGGCACUUACUAGGUGAUGUUGGGUAGUCACUGUCUUAACAACCUUUGCAGGGUUGUUUUGAAGACAGGAAAGCGGGAGGGAAACCAUGUGAGGUUUAUUGUUGGUUUGGCUUGGCUGUUUGGUUAUAACCAAUCUUGCCUUGGGCAAGAUAAAGUGACUAACAAAUUUAAUGAACGGAUGAAUAAAUAAUAACAAAUCAAUAAUGUAAGCUACCAUUGGAGCAGGAUGCAGAUGGAAUAAAUGCACACUUGACUGAGUUAUUUCAAACAGUUAUUGGAAGAAACAGCCCACGGAAAUCAAGGAAGUAGGGGAGCUGAGCGCAUAUUCUGGAUGAAAGUUCAGGGCCUUGGCAAGUCCAUUUAGAAAAAGGGCUGCAAUGUUUAGGUCACGGUCACGAACCUACCAGAACCCUCUGAUCAUCUUCUGAGGCCUUUCUCCAGGUGCUCUUGCUGAGGAGGUUCAGAGGGUGGUGACAAAAAGCAGGACUUAUUCCCAUCUGUGGAACGCUCUCCCCUGUGAGGUCUGCCUCGUAUUUCCAUUGAGAGAUUUUUGGCACCAGGCAAAUAAAUGCUUGCCUAUUUUCCAAGGCUUUUGAUGGACAGAGAUGAUGUUGUGCGCUGUUCUUUAUUUGUCUGUGCAUUAUAUGUGUAAAUAUAAUAUGAACUGUAGGUGUUUUGUAUGAAUUCUUUUAAUGGGAUGGUGUGUUUAUGUUCCUAAAUGUGUUGUAAGUCAGAGAUGGUUGGGUAACAAGUGACUAACAAGUCUGAUAAGUGAUAAUUAAUGCAUUUGCUUUGCAUGAAGAAUAUUCUGAAUACCAUUUCCAGUAUCUCCAGUUUAAGCUGGGAAAGACUGUUCUGCCUGGGACCCUGGAGAGCCACUGCCAUUCAGUGCAGACAAUGCUGAGCUAAGUAGGCCAGUGAUCCAACUCAGUAUAAAGCAGCCUCCUCCCUCCUCUUAUCCUCACAACAGCCCUGUGAGGUUGGUCAGGCUGAGAGAGAAAAUGACCUGCCCAAGGUCACCCAGUGAGCUUCAUGGCUUAGUAAGGAUUUGAACCCAGGUCUUAAACACUACACCACACUGGUUCUCCUGGUGUUUGUUUCAGACCACCCUUUGAAGGCAAUCUGAAACAACCACAGCAAUUAAAGGAAGUUGAUGGAAAUGCAGUCCUUGCACUGAAUGGCACCUAGUUCAAACUUGGCCUGAGUGGCGGUAAAUGUUUUGAAUUUCAUGCAUACUUGCAAAAUCUAUUCCCUAGAUCUGCCUCCUCCUUUAAGCCGGCUGUACAAGUCUGCACUUACCAAUGAAUUAUGCAAAGCCCUGUGAAAGCGCUGCGUUUCAUACAGCAAGGAUGCGCCUGUCAGCCUUGCUUGUCCUCUUCGGCAGGAGGUUGCAGCUUCCCAAACUGGGCCACUGAGAAUCAAGAGAGUGAGUAAGCUGCCUGCUAGAUGAACAAGCAUUCCAGUUAUUUUAACAAGUGGAAUUCACAAGAUAGUGUGGAGGUGUAAAUGCACCGAGGCCAGAGAGGCCUUUUACGUAUUUCCUGUGAUGCCACUGAUUGCCAAGGGCCAAACAUGUGAUAUUUCCAGCGCAUUAAGUCUGGAAGAUAUUUCCAAAUAACCACAAUGUGCGUUUCUGAGGCCAGCUGAUCAAACCGAAUGUUUAGGGCAACAACUCACUUCAGCCCCAGCCAAGCUGAGGGGAGUUAUAGUUCAAAACAUCUGGAGGGCACCAGGUAUGGGGAGGCUAGCCUACAAAGGAGUCUGCGGGAUUCACAAGUAUGCUUACUCCUUCACUUAAAGAAUUCAGCCUGGUAAGAGAUUACCAUGCUGCUGAAAUACCACACUCAAAAUGGGUCUGCCAGUGAAAACUGCAGGCCCGUAUCAAGUUAUUUCCCUUCCCCUCGCAACAUGAGGCUCACCAACCGUCCCUUGUCUGCAGUGUUUGAAACUCCCAUUGUUCUAGGCACAUUUUGUGACAGGGAAUUUCAUUAGCUCGAACAGUUUCUGAGCUCUGGGUACAGUACUGCGCCUAAGAUUUCAGAUUAAAACUGCAGAGUGGAAGGAAAGGAGGACCUUUUUCUGCCUCCCCACUUCCAGCUGCUCUCUGAAGACUGGAGAAGAGACCCUCUUAAGAAUAUUAGGAGGGUGGGCAGGGGAAGGACUAGACUAUGUGAAAAAUGAACAUAAUAUUUUAGCUGCAGUUCAUUCAUUUUCAGCUUUGUAUUCUUGUUAUAAAAAAAGUAUGUCUACACAUUCCGUUGUUGUGCCCAUAACCUCAGUUUAAGGUGCCAUUUAGCUCCUAGCUUCCAUAGCUCAGUUUCUAACACGGUUUGUCUGGUAGCCUGUGGUGAUUAUCAGACCCCUCCAGGUAACUAGGCAGAGUUGUGUCUCUAGAGCUACAAAUGCGUAACAAUUUGUGCCUGCAGUCAGGCAGCUAGUAAGAACCAGCAAAGGCCGGUGACUUUUGCCGACUUAUGUAAUACACACACCAUAUUUUUCGCUCUAUAAGACGCACCUGACCAUAAGAUGCACCUAGUUCUAGAGAAGAAGAACAAGUAAAAAAUGUUCUCUCCCUCUCUGCUCAGCGCCUCUCCAGCGAAGCAGCAGAAGAAACAGAAGGGGCUCCGUUUCUCCUCCUCCUCCCGCUGUGCUCAAGAGGGAUCGAUCCCUCUUGCUCUGCUGGCUUCAGCAAAAGCAACGCGAAGCCUGCACUCACUCCAUAAGACGUACACACAUUCCCCCUUACUUUUUAGGAGGGGAAAGUGCUUCUUACAGAGCGAAAAAUACGGUACAUGCCAUCUUUUGGUGUUUUUUCCUGUGUAGCUUCCUUUCUCCUGCUUCUGUGGGAAACGCAUGGCAACAACAUUGCUGAAGCAUGCGUGAAUUGGGGCUCUGUGUCAGAGCAUCUGCUUUGCACGCGGAAGGUCCCAGGUUCAGUUCCCAGCAUCUCCAGGUACAGCUGGGAGAGAUUCCCUGCCUGAAAUCAUGGGCAGCUGCUGCUAAUCAGUGUAGAUGAUAAUGAGCUAGAUGGACCAAUGGUCUGAUUCAGGAUAAGUCAGCUUCCUGUGUUAUGGGGAGGGGAGGGAGUACCCGUUAGCCCUGCGUCAAGCACAACAGCCUUCCUCCUUUUGAGUCCAAAUGGCAAGAAAGUGUCUGUACCAGUUUAUAAAAUGAACACAGCGAGUGCUUCAGGGGGUCUUGUUAAAAUUAGCGAAUUUCCUGUGGUGAACUUUAACUAGAGAGCCAGUCUUGUUAAAUCAUUGCCUGAGAAAACCUUGCGCUUCUCAGAUUGUGUGUAGAUGAGCUUACUUUUCCUAUCUUAAAGCCUCCUCUUUCGGACCAAGGUUCAGAGUGGAUGUAUUAAAGAUUAAGUUAUUAAACUUCUGAAGGAUACCUCCUUUCUGCCGCCAAAUAAGGCAGCAGCAAAUAUUUUCGUUUGGCUAAUUAUUGUAACUUCCUUUUGAGGCAAUUAUCUAUCUUUCCUGCUUUCACAUUGUUUGGCUCGUGCCUAUUUUCCGUGGAGGCAAUUAUCACCAGCCGCUCUGCAAAACAUCGCUUCAGUAUCGCUCGCAGUGCUCCAUUCAUCUGAGAAGCACAUGCAUUGAAAUGUUCAAAGAACAAAGUGGUGUGUGUUGAAGGAGAGAGUAGACAGAUGCUGUUCAUGUAUGCAAGAACUGGAGUUGCUGAGUGGCAAGGAGAAGGAGCUGCAAUUUGGCACAUCUGUGUCGUGACGAAAGGGAGAUCUGAAGUUCUCAGGUGGCAACACACAAGUCCUUAUUCUUCUAGAUCCCACUCUCUCCCCGCAAUUUGUGGCUGGCAUUUGCCUGCCUUGCAGGGCUGUUGUAAGGAUAGUGGAGAAAAUGUGCUUGAAGCAUUUCAGACGUUUGAAUUCUGCUUAUACACUGGUAUAAUCUCAGGACAGUAACUGUUUUAUGUUUUUUUCCACCUUCGCUGCUCCCUCAGUUAUUUAAUGGUGGGGGGAAAGAUGAUGAUUUUCUCAUUGUAAGAUAAUUGAAAAAUAUAAACGAAUAAGCAAUUACAUAUAAAACAAUUAAAAAACAGCAACUUUUACACCUGUAAAAUCAGUUUCAAAUCCAAUAAAGAUAUGAAAUGUGAUACAAAUCUUCACUUAAAGGCUUUUUGAAAGAGGAAAGCUGUAGUAAAACAGGGCACAUUUCGAAAUAAGGGUAGGCAAGACCGCUGAUGGGAGUUGUAGUCCAAAACAUGGGUGGGGGGGUAUCGCAAAAGAUCAGAGUUGGGCUCUUUACUAUCUGCUUUUAUUUAGUAUAGUCAAACUUCAGCUCCCAAACGCCUCCGUUUUGGAACGUUUCAGUUCUUGAACUCCAAAAACCUGCAAGUAACUGCUCCAGUUUUCAAAUGAUUUUCAGAAGAUGAAUGGCUUCCAGGGAGUUUUUCUUUUUUCUUUUUUCUCCAUUGGCUUUGCUGAUCGCCCUUUGAUCCUCAGUUGUUGAAUGUUUCGGAAGUCGAACGGUCUUCCGGAACAGAUUACGUUUGACAACCAAGGUUUGACUGUAUUGUAUCUAGGAAGGGACCAAAAGGGCAUUGAUUCCAGCCUUCUGCCAGGAGGACCGCCCACCUCCCAGGUUAAUAUGCACAAAGGUACUCUUUGGAUGCUGCUGAACUCCCCGUUCCCAUCAGGCCCAGCCAGCAUGGUCAUAGACAAGGAUGAUGGGAGUUGGAAAUCCAGCAACAUCUGAAGGUGCCCAACCUAGGACCUUGUGCACUCAGACAACGUUUGACUAAAUGAGCCAGCGCCUUGACACAUUCUGGGACACCUUGGAAGACUCAGCAUCCUUCCCCGAAGGGCAGACUUGACUUUUCUGCAAAAGCGACUGGGCCUCACUGCAUGUUCUUUUGUCUUGCAGUGAAGGGCAAAGAGCACGAGAAGGUAACCGAAGUGAAAGCAAUUAAAGGUAAGUGCCCGUUUCUCGAAUUUCUGAAGAGGAGGAAGGGUGAUGUCAACUAGGCCCGCUCAACUAGAUCCCAGUGUCUAGAGGGGUAUCCAGGUUAGUUUAUUGCAGCAAAAACAAAAACAAACAAACAGGGAGUUUUAUAUGGAAAUAGCCUUUAUCUUUCUUUAUGUAACCAAAUUUAUAUACUACUUAAUGUGGAAAAAUCUCUUUCAGUAGUUACAGGAAGUAGUAUAAAAUAUUUGUAAGAAAAUACUAAUAAAACCAACAGACUUUAAAAGCAAGCAGACAUAAUAAGAUGCUCAAACUAGAGAGAAUCUACAGAAUUUAAGACCAAGUAGGCACAAUCAGUUCCAUGUCUGGGUAGGCUUGCCUAAACAAACUUAUUUAGCAGGCAUUGGAAAUAGUGAAGGCACCCACCUGGUCUUAGCAAGAGGGUUGUAUAGCAGGGGUGGCCUGCCUCUCUCCUUUGAGGUCACCCAAUCCCCCAAGCUAGCCUUCCCCUCUGUGCAGCUUGAACUCGUGUUCCCAUCAGCCCCAGCCAACAUGGUAGUCUGAUGCUGAUGAGAGCAGUGGUCCAAAAGAUCUGGCAGGCAGCAGGCUGAGUUGCCUGAGUGCUGGAAGAGUGUGCUGCCAUGCAAACAAACUUGAAUAGGCAGACUCUACAGUGAAUUUUGCACUAAGACUUCCCUGGCUCUGGAUCCAGGCCUGGUGCCAGCACCCGCAAGCGUUUGCAAGCGCCCUCCAGGACUGACACCUUUCCUACCUGCAGAGAACACAAGACAUAAAUAUCGACAUCUAUAUUCUGCGUCCCUUUUCAUCUCUUUCAAUCCUUUAAUAAAAAAUAUGGAGCAUUCUUAUUCCUCGGAAUUUACAAGUGUGUAGCAAUGGGCAAUCUUCUUACUGCAAAAGCUGAAGUGGCUUUUGUAAAUUGCUUCAGGACUGGAUUCAGGUCCCCAGUAGACUACCCUGAACAAACGCCUCAGAAAUUCCUAUUCCCCUCCCCCUUGGCACAGCGUUUGCAGAAUCGGGACCCCACUGCAGUGCCAAACAGUGUUCAGCAAGAAGGCUCCUUUGCCCGGCUUCUCAAAUCACAUUGGAACUUAAAGCUCUUCCCGCUCUCCGGUACCGAAAAUUCCCGUCAUUUUGUGUUUAGUCAGCACUGAGUUCCUUCAAAAUGUUGGUAAUCCUCAAAGAUUAGGAGGAUUAGCCUUAAUUGGGUACCCUAAGCCCCGUUAUCCGGGGUCUCUUUCUAUUUUUCAGUGAUUCUGUGUCAUCAGCACAGCCUUUUUACUGCUUUCCACAAGCAAUCUGUGUGUUGGUGUGUGUGUUUGUUGCUUUUGCUGUAGGGGACAGGAGGGGAGAGCUGAGCCGAACAGUAUUUUCUCUGCUUCUGUUGCUUAUCUUUGUCAAAUUGGCACAACCUUCUCCCCUUCUGCCUGUGAAAACAUUCCAGUUGCCUUACUGAUUUCACUCUCUGCCUUAAGCUUAACUACAACAGGGGUUGGGAGCAUUUUGCAGCCCGAGGGCCGCAUUUGCUUCUGCUCUCGCAUUCCAGGGGCCGCAUGCUAGUCAGGUGGUGCCAGAGGCAAAAGUGGGCAGAGCAACAAAAUAAAUUAUGAGCUUUGUACAGUAGUCUAGUUUCUGCACACACUCAAAACACCCUUUUCUCUCUCCUCCAUCCAUCCAAGCAAGCAAGCAAGCAAGCAAGCAGAGAAGCAUUUUCAGAGUGGAAGGACACUCUGUCCCAGUCAGGCAAAAGCACCCAAGAAGGGUGCAAAGGAGGGCGAGUCUCAAGGGCUGCAUUUGGUCCCUGGGCCUCAUUUCCCCUGCUCCUGAAGUCCUUGUGACUUUCAUCAGGGCAUGUUUAUAGUGGGUUCUUUGGCACCUGACUCUCCAAGCUGCAACAGUUUGCUCCCCACCUGACCCCCGAGGUGGUUGGCUUGCUUAGAUGCUCAUUAUCGAAAGCAUUUUAUCGUACUUUGCAUCAAAGUCCGCCAUUCCUGCAUUAAACAAUUAUGUGCAUUGCAGUCUGACUCAAGAAGCACUUCAUCUGUGCAUUGAAGAAACUGGUUUCCAUACUGUGUGUUAACUAGCAUUUGCUCAAACCAGGCUGCCCAGAAAUUUUUGGAUCCAGCUCUCAUCAGUCCUGUCCAGCACGACCAAAGUUAUGGGAUGAUGGGAGCUGGACUCAAUAUCUGGAAGGCUACAAGUUCCCCGUCUCUGAUUUAAACCAUGUGGAUGUAGUUUGGGGUGGGCUUUUGGCACAGUGCUGAACAAGGUGUCCUUUCUGGUGCGGUACAUGGCCAAAAAACCCCAGCAACCCAGUGCCUUCCUUUUCCUCCCCUUUUCCUUCCUCUUCCAGCUGCAGUGCCAGUACAUUCCCCGCAGAGAAGCACCCGGAACCAUGCCUUGCUGGAGGCCGCCGGACCAAGCCAUGUGGCCAUCAACGCCAUCUCUGCCAACAUGGAGUCCUCGAGCAGCCGCACGGCGGCUCUUAAAAAGCAGCCCAGCCACAUGGAGGCUGCGCACUUUGGAGACCUUGGUAAGCCGCGGCUUCUUCCUUGGUGGACAUCUGGAGAGCACCCUCUCUAUUUAAAUCUCCCUUUGUGUAGAGAUUUUCAAAAGGGUUACCUAACAAAUCUGAAGAAUCAUGAACUGUGCAGACUGUUUAUGCUAGCCAGAUUUAAUAUGUUUCCCUCGAUGAUAGUAAGAGGAAGAUAUUUAGCUCUCCCAGAAACAGAGUGUGUCUGCAAAUGUGGUAGGCAGGAACCUGAUAUGUUGGAGCAUAUUUUCUUUUCUUGUGAUUUUGGCAUUUAUGCCAGAAGACAAUUGUUAGAGGCCUUACAAUCUAACAGGCUCGGUUCUAUGCUGCCAGCGGUUCAGGACCUGCUCUCGGACAGGAAUGAUCAAAUCACUUUCAUAGUGGCUAAAUUUCCGAGUGCUGUCCAUGUGGAAAGACUGGGCCAUUAUAGAGAGAUUUAGUGGUUCUUGAAUGGUCAGUGACGUGGUAGUGUUAUACUGUUUUAUUUAUGCAAAUUGUUAUGUUGAAUUCCUAUUUUCCACAAUCUGUAUAUGGUGUUUGAUUUAUAAUGUGUGGUUUGCUAUGGCUAAUAAAGGAUUGAUUGAUUGAUCUGGAGAGCAGGGGCACCUUUCCUUGGCGUGAAUGGGGAACUUGUGGCUUUUCACAUGUUCUCAGGCUGCCAUCUCUCAUCAGCCGCAGCCCCAAUGCUCAGGGAUGGCAGAGUUGUAUAGUUCCAGCCGUUCCAGCUGUAGGUGGUUGAUUUGGCUGCAAUUGCCAAGGGCUAAGGAUGCGCUGGUCUAGGUUCUUUUUCAAAGUCAUCAGGGAUGAGCAAGGAAAUCUUAACAGUGGCCUUUUCCUCCUUAAGAUGAGUAUAAGGUCCAUUCACUUGUAGAUUUAUCUCGCCUUCCCCUGCUGUGUCGCAAAAGAAACCUAUAGGGAGGUUUUUGUAGUAUUACUUAGUUAAGGAAGAUUUAAAUUUAAAUGCCUUAAUGGUGUGACCUCGGCAUCAAUAGAUUAGUCAGUUGAUGUUUUUUUAAAAAAGGUGCCCUGAUUAAUUAAUUGGACAGAUUCUUUAAAAACAAAUUAUACUGUGUUACCACAAAUACCUCCAAAAUCUGCAAAUGGCAGCCUCUAUUUCAGAAGGGACCUUUCCCUAUCUCUCACAUGCACAGAGAGAGAAAGAGGGGGACGUAUUUUUUGCUUACUGUUUUUACUCAGAUGCCAAUUUGGUCAAUUGAUUAAAAGACACUUAAGCCAAUUCAUUGUACACAUUUUGGUUAUUUAGUAGUGAUGGCCCUAAGUCCUCAUUUUACAUCAGGCGGUGUGUCAACUAAAAAAACAAACCACAUGGCAGACUGAAGUGGUUUUAUUUGUAAGCAAGAAGCAGCAGGGACAGAUGGCUCUAUUGCAAACUGCAAGGAGCUGCCCUUUAACUCUGCAAAGCAGCCUUUGCCAACAUGGUGCCCUCCAGAUGUUCUGGCCACAACGUGUGGCCGUGCUGGCUGGGGCUGAGGGAAAUUGUGGUUCAAAUCAUCUGCAGGUUGUGGUGAGGCUUGAUGUAAAGCAGACCUGCACAGUGAUGGUCCGAUAUCUGUUAUACAAAUGACUUGGGCUCUCAAACACCUGAAAGACCAGCACCUUCCCUACAGCCCCUGCCAGGUGCCAAGAUCAACAGAGGGGGUCCUCUUGGUCAUUCUGUCACCCUCUGAAGCUUUGGGGGGGCUGCCAGAGGGCCUCCUUCUAUGACACCUGAGGUGUUUAUUCUUAGCACCCACCUUCUUUUUAUGAUUGUAGGUUGUUUUAAACUGUUUUAAUAGUGUCUUUUAAUGUUGUCACCCACCCUGGGACAUUAGGACGAAGGGUAGAUAAUAAAUUACAAUAAAUAAUAAUAAAUUUUUGUUUAUACUCCGCCCUUCCCGGUUCAGAAAACCAGGCUCAGGGCAGCUAACAACAAAUUUAAAACACUUAAUUGAUGCAACAAAACACAGCAUAAAAUACAGUAUAAAUCGUGAAUAACAAUAAAUUCAAAAAUCAAUUUAGGGGGGAAAUCCAUCCAAUAAACAUUAGAGGAUCACCAGGGCUAGCUGGCUAAGUCCUAUUUGGGCCAGCGAGGAGACCAGGGAAGAAUUAGCUGUGGGAUCCCAGAGCGGGUAAUCUUCAUAAAAAGGGGAGGGGGAGGGAAGGAAGGGGAAUAAAAGAUCAGGCUAAGUUCAAAGUGAAAGCCAGGCGGAAUAGCUGUGUCUUACAGGCCCUGCGGAAGGAAGUUAAAUCCUGAAGGGCCCUGGUCUCAUGAGACGGAGCAUUCCACCAGGUCGGAGCCAUCACUGAGAAGGCCCUGGCCCUGGUGAAGAAUCAUCUGACUUCCUUCGGGCCCAGGACCUCUAAACUAUGAUUAUUCAUGGACCUUAAGUCUUCCCCCCACACCCAGCCUCUGACCUAGAAGCAUCUUUCUUUUCUAUUCCCCACCCCCCACCCUGCCUGCUUCUCCUUUAGGUCGAUCCUGUCUGGAUUAUCAGGCUCAAGAGACCAAAUCCAGCCUUUCCAAGACGCUUGAGCAAGUCCUCCGGGACGCCGUCGGCCUCCCCUAUUUCAUCCAGUUCAUGGAGCUGCGCCGCAUGGAGCACCUGGUCCGCUUCUGGCUGGAGGCGGAGAGCUUCCUCUCCACCACGUGGUCCCGCAUCAGAGCACACAGCCUGAACACCGUCAAGCACAGCUCCUUGGCCGAGCCGGUCUCCCCUUCCUCCAAGCAGCUGGAGAACGCAGCGUCGCCAUCGUCUUCCUCUGAGUUGCUCAGCAGGCGCCUGGAGGACUGCGGUCCGGCCCAGCCCUCGCCUGGCAGGCUGCCGGCCGCCGAACUGAACGGCCAGGCGCUGAGCCUUCAGAACCGUUUGCUGCUUUGCCAAGGUGCUGCUGCUGCUGCUGGCAAGGCCCGUCUGGGGCUUGGGGGGUCCGGAGCAGAGGACUGUCCUGCUCCGGAGGAACCCCAAGACCCUUCCAAAGUCUCCGUAUCCAAUAGAAACAGUCCCUCCUUUGCACUAAAGGACUUGUCAGGAAAACUCAUGAAAAGUAAGUGCUUCCUGGCCGUGAAUGCCAGUAUAUCUUCUGAAUCUGUACACACCUUGCUCAGGGUGCAGAAAUAUCUAGCCACUGUCCUGCUGGGAAAUGAUAAGUGACGCUGUAUGGAAGGAAAGCUGCUAAGCUGAGGAGUUCUUGCUUUGAUUUUUUUCCUCUUCCUUCCCCACCCCCUUUUCCUUUUGUGCCAGGUCUUUUUAAGAUUGUACGCCGGGGACUGCAUUGUUUUUCAUUGGCCUGGGAGCUGCUCUGGGAGCCUUUCUUACUAAAGAGUGGGGGGCAUAAAUGCUUUGAAUCAAUAAUAAUAAUAAUAAUAAUAAUAAUAAUAAUUUAUUAUUUAUACCCCGCCCAUCUGGUUGGGUUUCCCCAGCCACUCUGGGUGGCUUCCAACGAAAUAUUAAAAUACAAUAGUCCUUCAGAUAUUAAAAUCUUUCCUAAACAGGGCUCCUAAAAGUCUGGUAGUUGUUUUUUCCUUUGACAUCUGGUGGGAUGGUAUUCCACAGGGCAGGCGCCACAACCAAGAAGGUCCUGAUCUGUAAUAAACCACUGAUCAACCUGAUGUAAAUAAGUAAUACCUAGAGAGCCAUAGGUUCCUGCAUUUAAAGAAUAAGAAGUAAGACCAAUAGGCUCAUGCCCCAAGGAGCUACCAACAGAAACAAUAGAAAGAGAAAACUGAUAAUCCAGGAAGUUUGCUGACUGUAGUUUUUAGAAAGGGGUGCUAUCCAAAACCACUUCUGAAAGGCUCCUUAAUUUGGAAAACCAGCUUGCCAUGCAACAUGGGGGUGUUUGCUGUUUCCAAACUGUCAAUCCAAAAUUCCAGCCAGGUGCAUAAAACCCAGGUGUGCACCUCUUAACUUCCUUCUCUUAAACCCUGGAGACCUGUUGCCAGUCAGUGCAGACAGUAAUGAGCUGGAGAGGCCAAUGAUUUUAUUCAGAACCAUGAGGACUAGAUCCUUACUUUGCUUUUAGGGGAAGAGUACAAAACUUGCAUGCAGAAAGUUCCUGGUUCGAUCCCCAGCUUCUCCAGGUAAGGGCUGGGGAAGAGCCCAUGCCUGAAACCCUGGAGAGGAGCUGCUGCUGCUGCUGCUGCUGCUGCCAAUCAGUGUAAACCAUACUGAGGAAGAUGAACUCAGCGAUCUGACUCAGUGCAAGGCAGCUUCCUAUGUUGAGUAACCAUUUCUAAGGGGGGAAAGGAGCUUGCUUGUCCAACUGCUACCCAGUCACGCCUUGUGUUUAUCAUGCCACUGCCUUCACUCUUGUUUUUUCCCCUUUCUUUUUAGGUAUAGAACAGGAUGCAGUUACAAUUUUUACCAAAUAUAUCUCUCCCGAUGCUGCUAAACCCAUACCAAUCACAGAGCUGAUGAGAAACGAUAUAGUGGGUAAGGAACAGGCAUGUGUGUCUUCCUCAGAAACUGUGGUCUCAUUGCUCCCAAGAGACAAACCCCGGGGAUUUCUUUGAGAGAAGCUGCAAUCCAUAGUCCAACCCUUACUAUGAUUUGGGCCCAGGCUAUCUGAAGGACCAGAUUCUCCCAUACGAACCCACCCAGGCUCUGAGGGCUUUGGGGGAGUCCCUUUUCUCAGUCCCUCCACCCUCACAGGCCUGCUUGGUGAGGACGCGGGAAAGGGCCUUUUCAGUGGCUGCUCCCAGGCUUUGGAACUCCCUCCCUAGAGAAGCCAGACUCGCUCCUUCUUUGUUGUCCUGCUGGCAAGUAAAGACUGUUUUAUUCCCAUAGGCUUUGGAGAAGUGAGUGUUUUUAAGGAAAGGGCUUUCAAUGGGGCUUCUCCGUUUUUACUAUCUAUAUUUUAACAGACUGGUUUUUACGUCAUUCUCAUUCUGUUACAGUUUAAUUCUUAAUAGUUCAGUAGUUAAUUACUGUAUAGUCUAUUAUCCUUCCUGUGGUUUUAGCUAUCUGUAUUGUAUCCAUGCUAGUUUUUAAUUUUUGUGAGCUGCCUCGAUUCCUUGGUUCUAGGGAAACAGUGGGAUGAUAUAAAUGAAUAAUAAUAAUAAUAAUAAUAAUAGAUAAAGUAUUCCAACCACUUCUGUAUUUCUGCCAUAGAUAUGCACAACUAAUAAAUUUCUGCACUGUCUGUCCGUACUGCAGAAUGCAUACAGUGCCACUAACUUUGAUAUGUGAUCUGCUGACCUUACAGCAAAGAUUUGUGGGGAAGAUGGACAGGUGGACCCAAACUGCUUCGUCUUGGCACAGUCGAUAGUGUUUAAUGCCAUGGAACAAGAGUGAGUUGACCCUAUUUUUUAAAUAAUAAUAAUAAGUGUAGGGUGCUUUAUAUUCUGAGCACCUGACUGCUCUUUCCAGGUGGGGGAAGCCAAAGAAGCCCCUGGGCAGAGCUGGUGAGGGGGGGACAGUCCUGGGGUUGAAGGAGCCCCCAGCAGCCCUCUGUUGGUCAGACCAGAGAGCAAAUCUUCCCUGGGGGUUCGAGAUGGGGCAUCUGGCCUGCUUUUAAGGCUUCCUCACUGCACUGACUCAGCUCCCUUGUCAGCCCCCCCUUUGGAUCCAACUGUGGGAUUUGGAAUUCAGUGAGGGGCUGUAUCCCAGACCCUCAGGGCUCCAGUGCCAGCCCUUCAGCCUUGAUCCUGCCCAGCCAGCUUCCUGUGCUCCCUGGUGCCUUGCACACUGCUGAGCUGGAGUCUCUUCCUCUUCCUUCUCCCCACUUCUAAUGAGACCCCCCCCGUGUCCCCCUCCCCCUCGGACAGGCACUUUAGCGAAUUCUUGCGAAGCCACCACUUCUGCAAAUACCAGAUUGAGGUGCUGACCAGUGGGACUGUCUACCUGGCCGACAUCCUCUUCUGCGAAUCCGCCCUCUUCUAUUUCUCCGAGGUGAGGUGGCUUCUCCCUUUUCUUCUCAGCCAGAGCUCUGCCCCCCGUUUCUGCCAAGUAUAAGAAGAGCCGCUCUUGACCCCUGUGGCCUAGAGCAAUUUGGCUGGAUUUGCCUCCCCAACUGCCAUGUGGGAGUGGGCUGAGGUGGCAUCUGCCCUCAGGCCUUGUUUGGGCACUCAUCGGGCCUUUGCCACCUGUAAAAGCCACGGUGGAGCUGGGAACAUUGAAUCCUUCCUUUCCACCAUCACCCUCCACACCGAAUCCCCACCCUGGGGCCCUCUGGGUGCUAUAGGACCUCCAGCUCCCAUCAGCCACCAGAGGCGGUGGGAACAGGAGGUGCAGCAAAGGUUGCAUCAGAUAGUGCGAGUCUUCUGUUUUUUUCUUUUAUGCAUUCUGCUCCAGUAUAGAGUCCUUGUCAACUCGGCAUAAGAAAAGUGCAAAAACACCCCUAGAUGCUAAAUACCUGCUGAAAAGCCGUGGUUAUUUUUAAGCAAGAAGUCGAGAAGUGAUGUUGCAAAAAGCCCUGGAGAGAUGUCAAGUAUAUUUAUAGUAGAGGCCUCUUCUCUCUGCAGCCCAGGCUGCUACUGAGCACCCUUUUGUGUGGCUCUCCCACCCUUCCUGGAUCUGCCGAGCAGGUUUCUUCGGUUGUCGGCUUGGGGUUCAAGUCCCAGGGUUUCCAUUGUUUCGGUUUUGGCUCCGAAGGUGGCACAGUGGAACGUCCCCCUUGGUUGUUUCUUUAAAACAACAUCUCUCCUACCCUUCAAGGACUGUGCUGGUUCUGCCAAGCGGAAGGAUGUUCUGUUGUGCAAAUCCUGUUUCAGGAGCCUGAACGAGUCCUCAGUCAGGGAUGAGCAACCUCAGGACCAGGGGGGCCAAAAGGCCUUUCUCUCUGGCCCUUGGAACUUUUCCCAGUCCACACCCCUUCAAUGGCCCUUCCUUUCACCCUCCUGAAGUAGUUUGGCCUGGCUGGAAAUUCAAUGCCCUUGAACUCUAACGUGCCUCUUGCUUCCCUAUGUAUAGGACAGAGAGGGUGUGGGUGGCUGUAAAGGUAAAGGGACCCCUGACCGUUAGGUCCAGUCACAAACGACUCUGGGGUUGCGGCGCUCAUCUCGCUUUAUUGACCAAGGGAGCCGGCGUACAGCUUCCGGGUCAUGUGGCCAGCAUGACUAAGCCACUUCUGGCGAACCAGAGCAGCACACGCAAACGCCUUUUACCUUCCCACCGCAGUGGUACCUACUUGCACUUUGGCGUGCUUUCGAACUGCUAGGUUGGCAGGAGCAGGGACCGAGCAACGGGAGCUCACCCUGUCGCGGGGAUUCGAACUGCCAACCUUCUGAUCGGCAAGCCCUAGGCUCAGUGGUUUAACCCACAGCGCCACCCGCGUCCCUGUGGGUGGCUGUAGAAACUAGCUAAUUGCACAAAGGUAAAAUCUACGUCUGUUGCUCCACUCCCUUGUGUUUCUGGCCCCACCCACCCCCAGCAAGGGGCCCUCGAAAGGCUGCCCAGAACUGAAAUUGGCCCUUGGGUUGACAAAAGUUCCCUCUCCCUGCCUUAAGUCUUGUUUCUACAUCUUUAAAACGAUGCCAGCAAGCUACCUCCUAGAAGAAACUGGAAGAAUAUCCCUGCUCACUGCUUUACUUUUGUUUCCCAGUUCAUGGAGAAAGAAGAUGCCGUUAACAUCUUGCAGUUCUGGCUGGCGGCAGAUAACUUCCAGUCUCAGCUGGCCGCCAAAGAGGGCCAGUACGACGGGCAGGAGGCCCAGAACGACGCCAUGAUCUUAUAUGACAAGUGAGUCCCAUGCCUGGAAAUUCGCCAUCCUUCUUGGCUUUCUUCUCUUGACCAAGACAAUUUCUAACCCAGCAAGCAUCAGACCCUCAGUCCUUCACCUUAACUGUAAUAUUUUGGGCCCAGCGAGGCAGGACCCAGAGAAUCUCAAAGCUUAAAAUAUUUCCAAGUUUCUAGUCUUCAUGGUGACUGCUGGGGCAGGAAGGGGAAACUUGACAGCAUUCCAUCAGGAUGGGUUUGGCGAGAUUGGGGAGAGAGCGCUUAGUUAACUCCCUUGGCUUCCACUUCAGGGAACAGAAACAAGAGCUGGCCUUUUCUGUUCUCUGGGAGAGAAAGAGAGGGGCAGUUGCUGAGCUCCAAUUGAGCAGCUAGCAAAUUGGACCUUUUGCUUCUGCUUGGGUGUGAAAGAGGGACUUUACAAUGGGCCAGAGGUGUGGAGUCGGACUUUUUUGAAACGUAACCUCCUUAGCAUUUGGGCUGGGCGAUGAUAUAUCAAUAUAUCGUCCAAAACCGGUUUGAAGUUCACAUUGUGAUAAUUGUUUCAUAAUAUUUGAGCUGGCAAUAUAUCACAAAUCACAUUGCGUGUAAGGGCUAGGCGACACCAGCUAAACACUGUGAUGUUAUCAGCAGCAAAACCUCACAAUAUCAGCAGUUAAACAUUGCAACCUACCACAAUGUCUGAAGUAAGGAUGAAACUGUGCAGUUCCUUCCUUAUUUCAAAUAUUGUGAUUAUUGAUAUAUCAUGCUGGUGAUAUCCAGCCCUACUCAGCAUUGUUGUUUCCCCCCUCUCUUGUUCUUUUCUGCCUCGUCCUCCUCUGUGGCUGCAGGUACUUCUCCCUCCAAGCCACUCAUCCUCUAGGUUUUGAUGACCCUGUGAGACUGGAAAUAGAAUCCAACAUUUGCAGGGAAGGAGGACCGCUCCCCAACUGUUUCACCACUCCCUUGCGGCAAGCCUGGACCACCAUGGAGAAGGUGAGGAAGUGGCUCUCAUCCUCGCUCCCCCUCUUUUUUAAUCUUUUGGAGGAAAAUCUCGGAAACUGGGUGUUGAUAUUAAAACAGUCAUGUUCAUCUGGCGAGCCAGGCCUGAAACUGCAGCAAAGUGGGUGCUCUAUUGCCGAGCUAAGGCCUUUCCUCUAAAAAUACAGCAAGAUUACAGCCCUCGUUGUUCUGAACAAAGGUCUGGUUUUAAAUAGGAGCAUCGGAAGCCCAGGUUCUUUUGCUCUGCCUGGCAGCAGAUCUUCUGGUUCUCAGGCAGACAGGCGCCUUUCCCAUCUGCUGUUCCCUGAUCCUUUUCUUCCCUGGAGAUACUGGGGGUUGAUCCUGACACCUUCUGCCUGCAGAAGAGCCCCCUGAGCUGCAUCCUCUCAGUUCUAAAUGUGCCCUGGGGUGUCUUCCCUCUCCUCCAGGUUUUCCUUCCCAGCUUCCUCUCCAGCAACCUUUACUACAAAUACUUGAACGACCUCAUCCAUUCGGUCUGCGGAGACGAGUUUGCCAGUGGCUGCAUCGCCCCGACUGUUCACGGCCAUGGCGGCCCUCCUGACCACGACUCCCACAUGGGCUCCCUGGACGGCACAGCUUCUUCCUCCCAGGUGUGUGGCCUGCUUCUCUCUCUCUCUCUCCAAACAAACAACCAACUCCCGCCUCCUUGGGAUCUGAUCAGCUCUCGCUUGGAAGCCUGCUUCCCUGACCCCCAUCCUUAGCAAAGGCCGAGAGAGAGAAUGGACUGCUUGAGCGAGGGGAUGGUGAGGGUGGCAGAAAGUACAGCUGCCGUUACAGUGGUACCUUGGUUCUCAAACUUUAUCCUUUCUGGAAGUCCGUUCCAAAACCAAAGCGUUCCAGAACCAAGGUGCGCUAAUGCAAAAUGGAUCAAUCCGUUCCAGACUGUUAAAAACAACCCCUAAAAUAGCAAUUUAACAUGAAUUUUAUUAUCUAACGAGACCAUUGAUCCAUAAAAUGAAAGCAAUAAGCAAUGUACUGCAGUCACACAAUCAAUCAGUAGCUGAACUGGGUUCCACACAGUCACAAAAACAAAACAAAAAAGAACCGCUAAAACAAAAACGCAAAAUAAAUAGCAAAAACAGACAGACCUCAGCGUAACACUCAAAGUGGAGCACGUUUGGCUUCCGAAAAAGUUCGCAAACCGGAACACUUACUUCCAGGUUUGCAGUGUUUGGGUUCCAAAUUGAGUACCAAGGUGUUUGAGAACCAAGGUACCACUGUGCUUGUUAAUUUGCGAAGCACUUUUGUAAUUCUUGGAAGCCCUUCGUGGGCAUCAUUUGGCAACAAGGUGCAGGGAUGGAGUUCCACACCUUAGCGGCUGCCUUCACAAAAAAGGAUGUUGCUGCCAUGUGUACAUCCCUUUGCAUCUUUGGGUUUUCUUCUGGGAAUGGGCAGCCAUCAUGGACUGUAGGGUCCAUGGCCCAUCUGGAUUUUCCUCCUCCCUGUCCCUGUUCUUAAAGCAUCAGCUCUGUCUUGCUUCCACCCCACCCCCACCAUCUUCUCCUCUUCCUCCCUGGGUCAGUUAAUCAUGCCUGGGAAUUCUGUUGCAGCCCGGCCUCAAAAAGGCGAAUAUAAAAAUCCUGAAAAACUUUGACGAAGCAAUAAUUGUCGAUGCUGCCAGCCUGGACCCGGAGUCUCUGUAUCAACGGACGUACGCUGGGUAAGAUCCCUUCGGAGCUUUUGCUGCGAGGAAGCAGAGGGUGGGGAAACGGGAGUAUGCUGCGAUUCCCAGCCAUUUUCGGACUUUGGCCUUCAAUGAUGAAAGCAGCUUCCCCCAAGCGGUUCCAAAAAACUCCAGAUUCUUUCCCUAGAGCUGACUUUGUAGCUGUAAUCUAACCUAGAGGUUACCAGAGCAUAGAUAGCAGGCUUAGGCUAUCCCUGCCCAGCUGGGCCACUCGCUGGUGGAAGGCAUUCCUUGCCACUGAGCUCACCUGACCCUCAAGCUCCACCAGUUGAUCCAGGAAUACCAAGCUGCAUACCCGCGCCUCCAGAGGGAGUGUAACCCCAUCAGGAAAAAAGGAGGGAACCUCUGAUCCAACCCACUAGCAGUCCCCUCAGUAUUAUCUGGACUGAGCUUCAGUUUAUUGGCUGUCCUCCAAUCCAUUACCGAGGCAAGACAAUACCCCGAACCUGUUCCCUUCUUUGUGACAGUAUUUGAGACCUGCCUGAGCCCAUCACUCAUGAGAAGGAAGGGGGGGGGUUGGGCAAUGCAUUUUUCUUGAAGACUUCAACUUUUCUUGAAGACUUCAUUUUUCUUGAGAGCCAGUGUGAUGUAGCGGUUAAGAGUGGUAGACUCGUAAUCUGGUGAACCAGGUUUGCGUCUCCGCUCCUCCACAUGCAGCUGCUGGGUGACCUUGGGCUAGUCACACUUCUCUGAAGUCUCUCAGCCCCACUCACCUCACAGAGUGUUUGUUGUGGGGGAGGAAGGGAAAGGAGAAUGUCAGCCGCUUUGAGACUCCUUCGGGUAGUGGUAAAGCAGGAUAUCAAAUCCAAACUCCUCCUCCUCCUCCUCCUCCUCCUCUUCUUCUUCUUCUUCUUCUUCUUCUUCCUCCUCCUCCUCCUCUUCCACUCCUGGAUACAAAAGUGUUGGAUGUUACCACCAGUUUUUGAGGCUUUCCUCUAUGUGUGUGUGUGUGUGUGUGUGUGUGUGUUGCUGGGAGAGCAAAAGCCGUGUGUACUUUUCCUAUAGAACUCCACACUAAUGAGUGAGUGCAAGGACAAGAAAUCUGAAGAAGACGCACAACCAGAAAAGGGGGGGUGAAUGAAGGGGUCUAGGGUGGUACAAAGAAAUAGGGUGCAGAAAUCCCUGUGGAGUGGGUUGGAGAUGUGAGGUGCGGACCUCGCAGUGCUGCAGACAUCAAAGAUGGCACUAUUGAGUGGAUGAAAAGUGGGUGGGCAGCAGAAACACCAGUUAUAUGGGAGUGAGAGAGAGUGAGAAGGGAUUCUCCAGAACAGAGUCGGCAUCUUAAAAAGGAAGCUUUUCACAUGGACUUCUUAAGACACAUGACAUCUCAAGCAUCUAGGCAUGAAUAUACUAACUUGUAUGACGUGAAUAUUUCAACAAUGGCUUUCUGCAUUAGAAAGUUGGGGGAGGCCGUUUUAUUUUCUUUUAUAGUUUAUUCUAGUUUGUAAAAUAUAAAUAGCGAUGUUACUCAUUUUGCAAAACCAAAGAAAGAAAGAAAAAGCUUUUCCAUAGCCAGAAUUGUAAAUCACUGCUGAGUUAAUAAAAUUGUGGGAAGUGCCCCUGAGAUUUCACUGAUCCCACUCCUGUUCAGGUGUUUCAAAUCCUGAGGCGAAAUCAUGGGCAAUGCGGCGGGAGGGUGGUCUCUUGUGCUGUGACUGGCUCUUCCUCCCCACAGCUCAUGACUCCGGUCUUUCUCUCUCUUUUUCCAUCCGCCAACUCCUGCUGCAGAAAAAUGACGUUUGGGCGAGUGAGCGACCUGGGCCAGUUCAUCCGGGAGUCCGAGCCGGAGCCCGACGUCAAGAAGUCGAAAGGUAAACUGUCUUCUCCUGAAAUCUUUUGAAGAGAUGGUGCCAAAACAACCUCAACACUUUUCGAAGCAGCUCUUUGGAGCAGCCCUGCCGAUGAAGAUUUUUAAAAAAGCAAAUAAAGUAUAACCUGCCUUUCAUCAGUAUAUAUUAUUGGAACAAUUUAUAUACCACUAACUUCAGUGGUCUGUGAGGGACACGGGUGGCGCUGUGGGUUAAACCCCAGAGCCUAGGACUUGCCGAUCAGAAGGGCGGUGGUUUGAAUCCCUGCAACGGGGUGAGCUCCCGUUGCUCGGUCCCUGCUCCUGACAACCUAGCAGUUCGAAAGCACAAAAGUGCAAGUAGAUAAAUAGGUACCGCUCCGGCGGGAAGGUAAAUGGCGUUUCUGUGCGCUGCUCUGGUUUGCCAGAAGCGGCUUAGUCAUGCUGGCCACAUGACCUGGAAGCUGUCUGCAGACAAACGCUGGCUUCCUCGGCCAAUAAAGCGAGAUGAGCGCCGCAACCCCAGAGUCGGUCACGACUGGACCUAAUGGUCAGGGGUCCCUUUACCUUUACCUCAGUGGUCUGUAUAAGCUGUUUACAAAAGUGCAAUACAAAAAAAUAAAAAUCAGUUAAAACUAUAAAAUCAAACUUCAGUUAUGAUGCCUGUUUGCCUUCAUAAUACAUUUGAAUGCUGAACUUAGACAGACAUAUGUGUUUUAACUGUUCAUGCUGCUAAUCGUUUCAGGGUGUUUCAUGGGAAGAGAGUCCUAAACUGAAUACACAAAUAGGCCGGGCUGAUGGUCUGAUUCAGCAGAGUUGCUCUUACACCCUUGUUAUUUGUGGCUAUUCCUAGGUAGAGAAAAUUGCCAGAGUGUCAUUUUAUUAUUAGAAUAACACCUGUUUCCUGCUGCUGCUGCUGCUGCAUCACCUUUCUGUCUCUCAUUCCCCCGAUCUAGGGUCCAUGUUUUCACAAGCAAUGAAGAAAUGGGUGCAAGGAAACACAGAUGAGGUAAGGCCCCCUCAGAUCUCCUAGCCUCUUGCUAAGACGCCGCAGAAGAAAUCUCAAGUGUGUGGAUGUCUUGUCUAUCUGUGCGUCUCUCUGUUUUUAGCUGGCUUCAAGGAAUAUAUCGGAGGGAAGCGGGUGCUCUGUGCUGGGGGCAGGAAUUCAGAACACCAACAUAAAGUAUCAAUAAUUGGGUUGCUUCUGUGAAAGUUACAAUCUCCUCUUGCAAAAUUUGGAAUACUUGGGAUUCUCUUGGCUGUUUGGUGGGAGGAAAAAAGAUUGCAGCUGUCCUAGGUAGUAGUAGUUGGCAGCCAAUAACUGCAGCGUGGGUGUGUUAGGUUUCUUCUCCACCCCACCAUUUUGGGGUUGCGUAUUUCCUAAGCCCAAGCGUUGCCUGCUUUUCCGCUUUUCAGGCUCAAGAGGAGAUGGCCUGGAGGAUCGCAAAGAUGAUUGUCAAUGAUGUCAUGCACCAGGCACAACCUGACCCAGCUGUAGAAAAAAUUACAAAGGUAACAAGGGGGUGUUCCCCUGGUUGCAUGCUCUUUAUGGCUGCGCCUUCGUGAAGGCAGCAUCCUGCAGAUUUGAACUCCCAGCGCCAGCCAGCAUGCCUGGGAAAGGCUGCAGGUUCCCCAUCCCAGAUCUAGCCGCUAUUUUAAUUCCCUGCAAAUCCCCUUAAGGACACAAGAGUUGCCUCCUGCUAGGCCAGGGAUGGGGGAAGUCUGUGGACCCUCUGGAAUGUUGCUGGACUCCAACUCCCAUAAUCCUUGAGCAUUGGGCAUAACACCGGUUCUGAAAGACCUACAUUGGCUCCCAGUACGUUUCCGAGCACAAUUCAAAGUGUUGGUGCUGACCUUGAAAGCCCUAAACGGCCUUGGUCCAGUAUAUCUGAAGGAGCGUCUCCACCCCCAUCGUUCAGCCCAGACACUGAGGUCCAGCUCCGAGGGCCUUCUGGCAGUUCCCUCACUGCGAGAAGCCAAGUUACAGGGAACCAGGCAGAGGGCCUUCUCAGUGGUGGCACCCUCCCUGUGGAACACCCUCCCACCAGAUGUCAAGGAAAUAAACAACUAUCUGACUUUUAAAAGAUAUCUGAAGGCAGCCCUGUUUAGGGAAGUUUUUAAUGUCUUGUUUUAUCGUGUUUUUAAUAUUCUGUUGGUAGCCUCCCAAUGUGGCUGGGGAAACCCAGCCAGAUGUGUGGGGUAUAAAUUUAUUAUUAUUAUUAUUAUUAUUAUUAUUACUGCUGGGAGCUAAAGUCCCAACCCAACAACAUCUGGGGCCCUCACCCCUGCUCCAAGCAACCAUUGUUUGAGGCAAAUCAUGAGACUUCUGUCUGCUUGCCCCAAUGUCUUUUCCACCCACCACUGUACUAUCAAACCAACAUUUUCUCUCUCUUUCUCUCCUCACACCCGCAGCUAUGAUCUUCAGCAUUUCCAAACAAGGGGACAUUGGGUUUUUCUGCCUCUGAAGAUACAAGUGGAUUCUGUUCCUUCUCUCUCCACCCCAGGGGAAAUGAAAACUCUGUCGGCUGAUUUCUCCUUUGAAACAGAGUCAGCAGGAAACCAAGCACUGUAGACUGAUGUGUGUCCUCCUUUCAGAACAAACUUUUUCAGGAGAUUUUGCGGGGAAGGAGGGCCUAAGACUUCCUUGCAUUGAGCGCAAAUCGGUUUGCUUCUCUCCUGCACAUACGCCCUAAAUUCCCCGUCAAAGAGACACGUUUCUGGCAAAAGGUUUGCCAGCUCCCUCUGCGAAGGAUUCCUCCUCCAAAUGGCUUGGAACUGGAGCACAGUUCACAUCGAAAGGACUGGAGGAUAGAUUUCCACUUCUCUUCCUCCUCUGAAGGUCCCUAGCUGUGCUUUCUUUUUUUUUAGAGAAAAAUCUGCAAUCAGAAAGGCACGGGGCACCUUAACCCGUCAGAGAGGGCUGAGCUAUUGGCGGUGAACGGUAUUUUAAGAAUCCUGGAGCCAUUUUGAGUUUUCUUUCUUUCUUUUUACUUGAAGCGUUCUGAAUACGGUAGCAGCUGAACCUCUUCUCUCACAUUUGUCUCGGUCCUGGAAAAAAUAGUGACAGAGAGCGGGCGUUGAUUGCAAGCGACUUCCAAUUCUCCAUUGUCACUUUGGCCCUUAAGUCAGCCAAGCCCAUUCCUUGCUCCUGAGAAGGCAGAGCUCCACACCUGCCCAUCUUGUCCUGUAAUGGGCGUGUUCUGCCAAGGACUGAAAUGCAAGCAGAAAAGAAUGAUCUCUGUGUCCUGGGUGCCCUCUUUUUUGUUUUAAAGCUUUGCAAAUGCUCCUGUUGAACUAAAAAUGUUUUCUGUUUCCUAGUCAUUUUUUUUUUUUUAAUUGCCAGUUCUGAGUCAGCAGGCCUUUGUCCUUAUAUUUUCUUGCAAUCCUUUAGGGGGAUAGGAAGCGAUCUUCAUGCAACCUGGAAGGACGCUUCCAUUAUUCCUGCAGAAGGCGACUAGUUUCCCCAGAGUAUUCAGAGUACUCAGGAAUGGGUCCACUCCGUGUGUCUGUGUGUUUGUGCGUAUUUUCCUUUAGGUCUUCACUCCGGUUGAAAUGUUUUCUGUUUGGAGAGUUUGUUUGCUUUUCAAUUCCAUUUUGCUUUUGUUUUCUGAAGACUCUGUGCAAAAGAAACAAUUUAAAAAAAACACACACACACAACCCAAAUCCCCUGUAGGAGACCCCCCCCCUCGAUUUGUCUCCAGCGUUUUGAAAGUCUUGAUGGAUGAAGCAGGCGUCGUCCUCCUGUUGCAAUAUCUGAUCUAGCAAGGCACUCCUGUCAGUCUGCCAGAAGCAAAAAGCUGUGUAUAUGUUUUUUGGUACUGUGUACCACCACCUUACUGUCUCAUGCCCAAGUAUUCAUGUACUUAAGAAGCAUAUUUAAAUUGUGUUUUGAUUG